CGCACACAAGGGAUCCAGGAUUGGAAAGGCCAGCUUCUUCCACCGCAUUUCUGGAUCAGUGUUCUCCACCUGCAUCACUGCCUGACAUAGACACAGAUAUCAUCUCUUCACACUGAUUAAUAUAAGAACCAAGAGAUGAGCGAUCAGAAAGUGAUUUAUUCCACCCUGAGAUUUCUUCAGUCUCCUUCAGAGUCACAAAAUAGAAUAAGGCCAGGUAGGACUCAAAGGCCUGGGAAAACUGAUGACAAAGAGUUUUCAGUGCCAUGGCAUCUCAUUGCAGUGAUUCUUGGGAUCCUCUGUUUACUACUAUCGGUGACAGUUGCAGUGUUGGGGACAAAGAUUUUUCAGUAUAUUCAAGAAAACCAUCAGCAGAGGGAAAAUAUAAGAAAUUUGAGUCAAGAGUACCAAAUUGUGCAAAAUGACAGCUACUUCAAGGAGCAACUUUUGACAAAUAAGAUUUUGGAAUGUAACAGUCGUGAAAAUGAAAGUCUUCAGCAGAAAAUGAAGCAGGAUUUUAUAGAAAGGACAUGCCAGAGAAAAAAUAUAGGCAAACUCUACGAAAGCCACUGGUCCUGUUGUGGAAUAAAGUGUUACUAUUUUAUUCCUGAAUAUAAAAACUGGAAGGGAUGUAAACAGACAUGCCAAAGCUAUAAUUCAUUUCUUCUGAAGAUAAAUGAUCAAGAUGAACUGACCUUCAUUCAAACCCAAACUUAUAGGAAUUACUACUGGAUUGGAUUAUCAUAUAAUCGAGGAGAAAGAAAAUGGAAAUGGAUUGACAGUGACCCACUUUUGGGGAUGCACUAUGCAUUCAUGAAUAUUUCUGGGAGAGGACAAUGUGCAUUUUUAUCUUCAACAAGAAUAACAAAUGCUGAGUGCUCUCAGAUGUACAAUUGUAUCUGUGAGAAGACAAUUGGUGAUAUUUUCUUUCCCUGCUUCAAUAAUUAUAAGAAAAGAUGAG